GCCUCCCUGCUCUGUUUGAUUCCCCCCCGCGCGCCGGGGCACCUGGUAUCAGCCCUGAAUCAGUGGGAGCAGGACUGGAAGUGGCAUCUUCGCCUGCUCUGCCCAGGGACCCCGAGCGACUGAGCAAAGCGAGCCCGGGAGUGGGGGGCACCUGCUCGGGCUGCAGGGCUCCUGGGCGGGGGGCACCCGCUGUGACGGGCUCAGGGCCUCUCCACGUGGGUUUUGUUGACACCUGUCGAAGUCGCCCGGGUGGGCUGGGAGCCGGGGCCCCGGGGCAGGGCUGGUUCCCGGGGUGGAGGGAGCCCUCUGGCCUCGCUCUCGUUGGCGGGGUGGGGGCAGCUGCCUACCGGGGCUCGCCCUCCGGGACAGGUGGAACGGGGCGCCUCCCCGGCCGGUGGGGUGGGCUCCGGCCAGCGGCGCUCUUGGCAGGGGGAGGAGGCUGCCGGCGGCCCAUGGCAGGUUCCUCGGGGAGGCGGAGGGAGGGAGCUGGGAGGCUGGGACAUGGGCAGGGUGCGGUCCUGGCGGUUCCCGAUCCCGGAUCUCUUCAAUUUCCCCUCUCACUCGUGCCCUGGGAGUGGAGGCAGCAGCGGCUCCGGCUCCAGCUCCAGCCCCUGCCCCUGCAGCCACCGCCGCCCUGACCACCAGAGCGCAAACCGCGGGGACUCCGGGCAGCCGGGCCCCGGCCCCGCAGCAGCCGCCCCGCUGCCAAAACAAACGGCCCUUCGCUAUUUAUUGGAGGCGGCCGGGCAGGAGAGCUCAGAGCAGGCGGCCAGCCACAGGCGCCGGCCAGCAGCAGCGGGGCGCACGGCAGCACCUGCCCGGCACACGGCCACCUUUACGCACUGGAUGGCGACCCCCCUGGGGCACGGCGAACGCCCCGGCCGAGCCUGAGGGGCUCCCGGGCUGAGGACCCCCCUGACACCCGCCUCCCCGCCCCGGCGGAGCAGCCCAGCGUCCCCGCUGCCCCCGGACUUCCCUGCCAUGAAGCUGGCCCGGCUCCUGUUGCUGCUGAGCGGGUGCGCGCUGCUGCUGGCCCCGGCGGUGCGGGGGUGCGGGCCGGGCCGGGUGGUGGGCAGCCGCCGGCGGCCCCCCAGGAAGCUCAUCCCGCUGGCUUACAAGCAGUUCAGCCCCAACGUGCCCGAGAAAACCCUGGGCGCCAGCGGCAGGUACGAGGGCAAGAUCGCCCGGAACUCGGAGCGCUUUAAGGAGCUGACCCCCAACUACAACCCCGACAUCAUCUUCAAGGACGAAGAGAACACGGGAGCCGACCGCCUCAUGACCCAG